GUAGAGGGAGUGGCCCAGUGCUGUCAGUACCUCUGCUGGUCAUCAUCAUGAUAUCAGAGGUCCACUCAUCCCAUCAAUGUUGCUGGCUCGGUACAUCAUAUGGAUACCAGGCAUGGCUCCAGUUGCUUUGGGUUCUGCUGGUGGGUUUCAGUCCAGUCUCACGGGCCCAGCAGGGCACACAGCCUCAAUCCAUCAAAAUCGAGGGCGACAUCACCCUUGGUGGCCUCUUCCCGGUGCACUCCCGGGGGCCCGCUGGAAUACCCUGCGGUGAGAUCAAGAGAGAAAAGGGGAUCCAUCGACUGGAGGCCAUGCUUUACGCCUUGGACCAGAUCAACAGUGACCCCGAGCUGCUGCCUAACAUGACACUUGGGGCUCGGAUCCUGGACACCUGCUCCAGAGACACCUACGCCCUGGAACAGUCACUCACCUUUGUCCAGGCCCUCAUCCAGAAGGACAACUCAGAUGUUCGCUGCUCAAACGGAGAGCCUCCGAUCAUCCCCAAACCAGAGAGGGUGGUUGGGGUGAUCGGUGCGUCUGGCAGCUCGGUGUCCAUCAUGGUGGCCAAUGUGCUCAGACUAUUUGCGAUCCCCCAGAUCAGCUAUGCCUCGACUGCCCCAGAGCUGAGCGACAACAGCCGCUAUGAGUUCUUCUCCCGUGUGGUGCCUCCUGACUCCUACCAGGCCCAGGCCAUGGUGGACAUAGUCAAAAACAUGGGCUGGAACUAUGUCUCCACACUGGCAUCUGAGGGCAACUACGGAGAGAGCGGAGUCGAUGCCUUCAUCCAGAUCUCCAGAGAAGCAGGAGGGCUGUGUAUUGCGCAGUCCAUAAAGAUUCCACGAGAGCCCAGACCAGGGGAGUUUGAUAAAAUCAUCAAGAGGCUGAUGGAGACCUCCAAUGCUCGUGGGGUCAUCAUCUUUGCCAAUGAGGACGACAUCAAACGGGUGUUGCAGGCUGCCAAAAAGGCCAAUCUUACAGGUCACUUCCUGUUUGUUGGAUCGGAUAGUUGGGGAUCAAAAAACUCCCCAAUUGAAGAUCAGGAGGAAGUGGCUGAGGGUGCUGUUACCAUCCUGCCCAAAAGAGCCUCCAUUGACGGGUUCGACCAGUACUUCACUUCGAGGUCGCUAGAGAACAACAGAAGAAACAUCUGGUUCGCAGAAUUCUGGGAGGACGACUUCAAGUGCAAACUGACUCGCCCCGGGAUAAAAUACGAUCCUGGUAGAAGAAAAUGUACAGGUGAAGAAAGAAUCAGUCGAGACUCUCAGUAUGAACAGGAGGGCAAAGUGCAGUUUGUGAUUGAUGCCGUGUACGCCAUGGCCCACGCCUUGCACAGCAUGCACCUGGACCUCUGUCCUGGCUCCAUGGGUGUCUGCGAAAAGAUGGACCCUGUGGAUGGACGCAUGCUCCUCCAGUACAUUCGCGCUGUAAACUUCAAUGGUAGUGCAGGAACUGGAGUGAUGUUCAAUGAGAACGGAGAUGCUCCAGGUCGAUACGACAUCUUCCAGUACCAGAUGUCCAAUGUCAGCAAUCCUGGCUACAAGAUUAUCGGCCAGUGGACAAACCACCUGCGCCUCAACCCAGAGGAGAUGCAGUGGUCAGGUGGUGACCGUAAAAUUCCAGAGUCUGUGUGUAGCUUUCCCUGCGAGCCUGGCGAGAGGAAGAAGAUGGUGAAGGGUGUUCCCUGCUGCUGGCACUGUGAGCUCUGCGAUGGCUACCAGUACCUGCUGGAUGAGUUCACCUGUGACAUGUGCCCAUUCGACAUGAGGCCCUUAAAGAACCGCACGGGCUGCCGACCCACGCCCAUCAUCAAGCUGGAGUGGAGCUCUCCCUGGGCCAUCAUCCCUGUCUUCUUGGCCAUCCUGGGCAUCUUAGCCCCCACUGCAGUCAUUGUCACGUUUAUCCGCUUCAAUGACACACCCAUUGUCCGGGCUUCUGGCAGAGAGCUCAGCUACGUUUUGCUGACGGGAAUCUUCCUCAUCUACCCAUCCACCUUCCUCAUGAUUGCAGAGCCCAGUGUGGUAGUAUGCGCCUUCCGCCGCCUGUUUUUGGGGCUCGGGAUGUGCAUCAGCAACUCUGCCAUGCUCACCAAGACCAACCGGAUCUACCGCAUCUUUGAACAGGGCAAGAAGUCGGUCACGCCGCCUAAGUUCAUCAGCCCCACCUCUCAGCUGAUUAUUACUUUUAUACUCAUCUCAGUGCAGUUACUCGGGGUGUUCAUCUGGUUUGGUGUGAUACCCCCCCACACCAUCAUUGACUAUGAAGAGCAGAAGCCUCCAAAUCCAGAGUUUGCCCGUGGAAUUCUCAAGUGCGACAUGUCUGACCUGUCCCUCAUAUUGUGUCUGAGCUACAGUAUUAUACUGAUGAUCACCUGCACAGUGUAUGCCAUCAAGAGCAGAGGUGUUCCUGAGACCUUCAAUGAGGCCAAGCCAAUCGGCUUCACCAUGUACACCACCUGCAUCAUCUGGCUGGCCUUUGUACCCAUCUUCUUCGGCACAGCUCAGUCUACAGAGAAGAUGUUCAUCCAGACCACUACCCUGACAGUGUCCAUGAGCCUGAGUGCCACCGUAUCUCUGGGCAUGCUCUAUAUCCCCAAAUUCUACGUCAUCAUCUUCCACCCGGAGCAGAACGUCCAAAAGAGAAAACGCAGCUUUAAAGCUGUGGUGCAGGCGGCUACCGUGACCACGCACCUGUCGCUGAAGUCCAACGACAAACAGAAUGGAGAGUCCAAGGUUGAGCCUGACAGGUCACAGUGACAUGACUCAAAAUGGCAACUAAAGCCAACAAAGAGAUGGUUUGCAAAGAGUGGAAAACAAAACAAAACAAAAAAAGCAUUUAAUUUAAGCUUUUUGGCUGGAUCUCUUUUUCCCUCCCCUCUCUUUUAAUUAUGGAUUGAAAUACCAGCAAAAAAUUUUGUGGAUGAAUUUUCUUUUCACACUUUGGAUAAUCCAGAAGGUGAAAGCACAAAAGAAACCUGAACGGCUCACUCCUCAUCAUGGAAAACACUGGACAGCUUAAAACGGGCAUGGAAUGAUGCGGAACCACCUUGAAUGGACUUCAAAAUGAUCUACACGUGCGCCUCAUGACGAAGAUAGACAAUGAAAAAAAAAAAAAAAAGUUAAGCUUAAAUGGCGACCAUUGCUCGCAGUAAGAUGUACACUUAUGUCAAAUCCCUAGGGGGUCAAUGAAACGUCACCGUUUACAGGCUCCAAAAGCACUGCAUGGGUUAUGUGUUUAAUGUUUACAUGAAUGUUUUUGAAAUAUUAUUUAUAUGGGCUGUCGUGACUUUUUUAUGCUUGCAGUGGAAGGAAGUAGCUUUUAAAAUGCACCACCACAUCCUGUCAUAAUGACUCCCCCGGCUAGGUACAACCAACCACAAAAAUAUAAUCACUCAGAGCUAAAUCAAUAUCCAGUCACUAAUGCAACACAGCAUUUAAUUAGUCUUAUCACUGCAAUUAUUUUGGCAGAGGAUGGACUGUUUUUAUUGCGGAAACUGAGUUCACGGGUGCAAACAGGAUAUAAGUGAUUGUGACCAGGUUGAGUUAUCUUGGACCUGUUACUUUUCAAUUUUCUGUGGUGGAAAACAAUCGUUGCCAUUUCCCCAUAUUGUCUGUCCAAAUAUCAAACAAUCUGUGUAAAGGUCAGUUUGUACGGCUGCAUGCCAAAGCUAUAGAAAAGCUACAUUUCUGUUAAUGCAUGAGAACUUCAUAAGCAAGCUUCACCUCUUUUGGCUGCGUUGGAUUGCGUCCUCCAUCUAACAAAUACUGCAUUUCUGCAAACAAUAAAAUUACUUUAACACUAAAAAAGGGACAGGAUCAACAAAAGCCCCCAUUCUUUUUUUUUUUUUUUUUUGCAAGUAUAUUAUUUGCAGCAAAUAUUUUGUUGCUUGACAACCAUACAGCUCAGGUUUUGAUUGACAUUUUUUGAGCAUUUCCUGUUGUUCUGGCACAGCCUUUUCAAUAUAAAUGGACUCGUGUGCGGUGCAAUUUCACUUGCAGUGCAGGCUGCCCCCCAGAGUCGUGUCCUUAUGUGAGAAAAUAUUGUUUCUGCUGCCCUCUGCAGGACAGCACAGUUCAUUGACAUGUUUGUGAAUAAAA